ACGGAGAGAUCGGCGUGUCUGUAGUAGACAAGAGACAUUCAUGAAAACAAACUUGUAUGCAUAUACAAUUCUGUCAUAUGGAAGUGGUACAUGCCGGUUCCUUGUGGAGAAUCAUAUAAAUAAGACAUUUUAAAUUGAUUUGGAAAAUUCAAAUAAACUUGUGAACGGACAAUGAAUCGGAUUUUGUAAUAAGAUUAGUUUUGUGGAAUGGACUGUUCUUAUAAUGAGAAUCAUUAAGAAUAGGUUCAAACAACAGAGAGCAUGAAAGGAAACGGACAUGGUCAAGCAACGUCGACGAACUCAAAAAACAAGAUCGUCAAGAUUUCCCAAAAGGUGUUGAGGAUUGGCGGACAUGAAUCUCUAUUACGGAAAAGGCAUUGACACAUCACCCAGAGAACACUCCGGGGCUCAACGGUUAGUGACGGCCGGUCUAAAGAUCGUCCGGGGUAAAGAGUGAAGUGUCAGGAGAUCACCCGAGGGUCAACAAGGCGGAUAUCCGACCUGGAUAGGAUCCAUACAACAAAUACGGGUAGAUCAAAGGAAGACGCCUGAUUAUUAUUGGAAAGUCGCUUAGAAGUGGGAGUACAGUGUUGAUGACGCCAGACCAUAUGCUUGUUGAUGGCUUGUUUUUAAAUCACCCACACAACUUUUACAACGACAGUGUCGAGAAAAGCAACACGAGCAAGGCAAUAUUAGAUAGUGUUAUUAAACAAGGGAAUAUUUAACAAUCCGCCAAUAUCAGAGAAUAUCAAAAUCGUGAGAGUAUUAUUAAACAAGGGAAGAUUGAACAACCCCACUGUAUCAGAGAAUAUCAAAAUCGUGAGAGUGUUUUUAAACAAGGGAAUAUUGAAAAAUCCGCCGAUAUCAGAGAAUAUCAAAAUCGUGAAAGUGUUAUUAAACAAGGGAAGAUUGAACAACCCCUACUGUAUCGGAUAAUACCAAAUCGUGAGAGUAUUAUUUAACAUUGGGAGAUUGAACAGCUCCCACUGUAUCAGAUAAUACCAAAUCGUGAGAGUAUUAUCUAAUAUUGGGAGAUUGAACAGCUCCUACUGUAUCAGAUAAUAUUAAAAUCGUGAGAGCGAUAUUAAACAACAGAAUAUUGAACAAUCCGCCAAUAUUAGAGAAUAUCAAAAUCGUGAGAGUGUCAUUUAACAAUGGAAGAUUGAACAAUCCGCUACUGAGAGUGUUAUUAAGUUGCCAUGUUAUCACAAAGGAGAGGAAAAAGAAAACAUUUUUAAACGGAAUAUUUGGUAGCAAUGUAUAAUAUAUCAAAUAAAUUAGGGAAGGAUAUAGCACCUGUCAGAUUGAAUAUUUCCAUUGAAAUAAGUCAUACUGUUUUUAAUUUGUUUGUUGUUACUGUUGAGAAAAAUUUCAGGGAUAAUUAUGAAUAUAAAACCAUGCAAUUUUAUGUAUGACAAUUAAAUAUAUUCAGAUAUAUAGUCUGUGUAUAUAAUAACUCAUUCAAUCAAAAUGCCUUCCCGGUCAAAUUUGAUUGCUAAGGUCCGUGAUUUUAAUAUAAAGUCGUUAUAUUACUGCAUCAAGGAAUGUCUUUGUGACUGUAAGGUCGAUUUCAUCUUCCUGGUCUACAGUAUCGGGGACGCUCUCCUAGACGCCGUACUUCGUCCCAAUGUACCCCAAAUUGUCUGUUAUAGCAUGUACCCAAAUCGAAUACAUAGCUGUCGUCAUAUUGAAGACAAUGUCGAUAUCGAAGAAAUUGUGCAAAAACAAGCUACUACAUACAUGAUCCUUCACAAAAUUAUCACUAAUCUUCCUGCCCUGGUGCUCGGCAUGUUUUGUGGUGCCUGGAGCGAUAAAUAUGGCCGGAAAUUACCGAUGGUGAUGCCGAGCCUCGGGACUACCUUCGCCGUCCUGUUGUACAUGGCGGCCAAUAUGGCGUAUGACGGAUCCAUCGCUUGUUUUCUCGUUGGAUCAGUUAUACAUGGAUGUUUUGGCAAGACGGCAAUGGUCAGCAUGGCUGUCAGUAGUUACGUAGUGGAUAUCACAGCAACAGACAGACGGACCAAGCGCCUCGGGACCAUCGCCGCUAUGCAGUUUCUAGGAAUGUUCAUAGGCUCGCUGAUUGGUGGGCUCCUAAUCGAUAGCACAAAUAUUCUGACAUCUUACUGUUGCGUUUCAUUCAUGAACGCUCUGGUAGUGCUUUUAACUCUCGUCACUCUACGCGAGACUGUAAAUGUCGGUGACAAACGGGAUUUGUUUCCAUGUAAAGCUUUUUGUAAAGGGAAAAACGUUAUGGAAUCAGUGCAAGUUAUUACAAAGCCACGUGCAGGAAGCACGAGACGUUUUAUAAUCUCACUCUUUGUUGUUCUGUUCCUCCAUCAAACAUGCCGAACCGGUCUCACGGAUGUAACCCUCCUAUUCACGGAGAAGUCUCCACUCAGCUGGCCGACAUCUUGGUUCGGAUACUUGUCGGCACUUGACAACGCAGCAAUGGGGUUUAUCUUACUGGUGUUUCUACCCAUACUUUCAAAUAUGUUGAAGUUCUCAGAUCUUUCGAUCAGUAUCAUAGGUCUCUCGUGCGCUUGUAUCCGGUUUGUGAUUAUGGCUUGGAGCAACGAGACUUGGAUGGUAUGGCUUGCCGUUGUGGUAGGAAGUUUUGGUGGAAUAAUUAAUUCCCCUGUCCGAUCUCUUCUAAGUAAAAUGGUGCAGGAAGACGAAGUGGGAAAGAUGUUCUCUUUAUUGGGAAGUGGCGAAACUGCGGCUAAAUUUCUAGCUGUUGUUUUUACCUAUUUAUACGGGUCUACUCUCGAUAUAUUUCCUGGUUUCGCAUUUUUAUUGGCGGCAGGCUUGUACACUGUAAUGAUCAUAAUUAUACUACUAGUUCAUGUAAAUAUCAAGCCGGACAACGGAGAUGACACGCCCAAAGAACAAACUGAAAGUAAGAUGGAGAUGAGUCAUUUAAAUGGGAAAACAAAUUCAUAUGGAAAGGUUGAUCUUAAUGGUAAAACGGAUAUAAACGGUCUUAAUGGAAUUCAUGAACGAGCUGAUAUUGAAAGUAGAUGAAAUCUCGUCCACGAGAUCUGGGUAGCUUGAUUAUUAGUUAUAUUGAAUAUAAACUGAAAAUAAUGUCGAGAAAAUAUGUGUUAUUUUUUCUUUAAAAUUCAUGUUGGACAGAGGCCCCUAGAUGUGAUACCUUAUAAACUAUGCCCAAUCAGUGAUUUAUAUUGAAUUAUUUGAGUUGUAUGCAGUCUCUGUUGUAAAUAAAACUGAUUGUGACAUUUCA